AUUUUGUAUAAAACAUUUAGUAAUUAUACAUAGCUCAACAAUGAAAUUAUAUUUUAUUUGCGCUUGCACAAUCGUAUUCGCCGUAUGUAAUAUAACACCUACAAAGGCAGUUUCAAAAUGUACAACACUAUCGAAAUAUAGUUCGUUUCAAGCGCUCGUUUCAGGAACUUGUAUUAAUAAUGCGAAGCAAUGGAUUCUUCAAAAUGGGGGAUUGACAUGCAAGGAAUGUAUGUACGUGGAUUCACAAGGUCGCAAAAUCAUUGGCUUUAAUUUUAAUCUCGACGAAACCGACGCAAAGGCAAUCCUAGCCCAUUAUGAAGCUGAUUAUGAUAAGAUCGUGAACGGAACGCCAACGGACUUGACAACGCCGUGUGAUUGUAAGGCGGUAACGUGUCUUAAUCAGAAUCAAAUCGAAGACAUUUUUGAUGAGAGUAUUGCGCAAGCAUUUGGGAAUGCGAAACGCGUCUUGCCAUCGUUUGAAAGGUAAACUGAAUAAUUAAAAGCCCCGGACAAACGGGCAGCAAGGAUGAGAUCUCAUCGAAUCUCGUGGUUCAAAUUUUAAUGAGAGUAAUUGAUAAUUGAUGUCCAGUCAAUCUCAUCAACUCUCGUGCAACUCUUGCUCUCGUUUGUCCGGGGAAUGAGAGUUCUCUCAUUCUAGUUAGUAUCGGGGCUUAACUUUAUUUACAAUUGAUGUAUACAAUUGAGUCAUUCUUUUAUGACCCUGUUAACCUGUUUAAUAGUAUGCGGCACCGAUCUUUCACGUGUUACUAAAUAAAAAUUUUAAUCAAACUACGUACAUAUUACACGCAGGAAGCAAACUCCCUAAAUGCUCCUCUAUUAAUUAAUGUACCACCAACAUACAAUACGAUGCGACGAUUUUAACUUUUUUCCGGUCUUCAUGCAAAGUCUAUACUGUAGUAUAAAGAAGGCCUUACGCCCGUUGCCAAUGAGAGCUUUGUCGGCCUAAACAAAGGCACGAGAUUCGGAACAGGAAAAAGGGGAAGAGUCAAUAUGAUAUUACAAAUUAUUAAUUAAUUUGCACUGCCACUGGGGCCCUUUGUUCAAAGCAUGAUUAAUGCUGACCGUGCCCACAGUGGCGCUCCCAGGAUUUUUUUAUUAGGUAACCCAUGACUAAGCUUCCCGAUCGACUUUUUCCAGGCUCACGGAAUGAAAAUUUUGAACUGAUGAAUAUGCAUAGAGUGGCUAGGCCGGGGUCGUGCAUGGGACUUGCUCCCCCGGAGUUUCGAAGAUUAUAAAGUGCAUCAACAACAUGAUCUUUUUACAUGAUUUAUUUUUCCUCGGAAUUAAAUUGGAAAAGUCACCUUGGAAAACUGGAGGAGUGAAGGCUAGUGAACCGUGUCACCUUAUUUCGUCUCUGUGCAUGAUGCUCUAAUAUGCUCGUGAGCACGCUUAUGACCAUACUGCAUCAUUUUCGUAUAUAUAUUAGCGUGCUCAUGAGCAUACUGGGUUUUGGUAUUCCCAUGAGCACGCUCAUAUAUACAGCUAUUUCAAUUAAGGUUGUCCACGAGCAAAGCGGAAAAGUCGAAUACGAGCGCGAAAGGCUGCUGGGAAUAUCGCUAACAAAUUAAUGAAUUUUCAAAGCGAUUCCCAGCAGCCUUUCGCGCUCGUAUUCGACUUUUCCGCUUUGCUCGUGGACAACCUUAAUUGAAAUAGCUGUAUUGCCUGUAUACCAAAAUCCCGCUAAUUAUAUGCUCACGAGCAUACUACAACUAUGAUUUCUGUUUAUAUAUAUAUGAGCAUGCCCAUGAGCAUAACGGAUUUUGGUAUGCUCAUGAUGAGCAUGCCCAUAUAUACUGUAUGUACGUACCAAAUUCCUGUAAUAUGCUCAUAAGCAUAUACUGCAUGAUUUUCGUGUGUCUUUGACCGUGCUUAUGAGAUACCGGAUUUUGGUAUGCUAAUGAGCAUGUACUCCCAUAUAUGUACCAAAUUCCUGUAAUAUGCUAAUGAGCAACCUUACAUCCUCGGCGGUUUGUGACUAUAAUUAUAGGAUACCUUAUUUCGGCAUAUUUACAGCCGCGGCGGUUGCUGGCUGUAGAGAUACAGGAGUUCAGUAGUCCUUAUAUAGCCACGGCGGUUUGUUGCUAUCAAGGAUACUGGAUUUUGCAAUACCUUACAGCCACGGCAGUUUCUGCUACUUUCUGGCUGUGAAGGAUUAAAAUGACAUACAUGCUAUUUAACAGUUGAAUGUUUUUUGUGGUGUUUGGAGGGGCGGUCCCUCUCCCCUGCCAUGAAGUAAUUCAGUUUUCUGCGUAUCACCUUAUGACUUCUUGAAAUAUCAACACGCACAGGUAUAAAGUCCUAACAUCAUCCAAAUUUAAAUUCGGAGUUAAACCUUGAUUGGAGCUUGCUCUGUUGUUUAACUCCUCUUUAAAUGUACGAAAGCGUAUUAAAACUAAAACUAUCUUUCCUAGUUUAUGCUGUACGGUACAAAAGACUGUCGUGGACAUUGCUUUUGUUCUUGGUAACUCAACAUUCUCGACAUACGAGCAGUUUUUUACUUGGAUAGAGUAUCAGAAUUGGCAGGCGGCCUCAGAUUUCCUGAGUGCAACUAAAUGGUGCCAAGUUGAAGACUCCGCAAGGUGUUAUUCUGAUGCAAAUAACCUUCGCUAUCAAGGGUGUCCAUGUUUUGGACAGUUUCCAAACAAAUGUUAUUACGCUGUAUCAUCUUGUUGCCAGGAAGGCCAGUCUUGUUGCAAUGGUAAGCUAUUGAAUAUUUGUGGUGAUACAUGGUGA